UUUAAGCAUGGUGGCUCUGGGGGUGGUGGCACUGGAGGUGGUGGCACUGGAGGUGGUGGCGCUGGAGGUGGUGGUGGCAUUGGAGGAGGCGGAGGCAUUACAUCCUGUCCUCGACCCUCACCAGAAAGCAUAAGAUGCCUGCAACAAUGGGCGUGUCAGAAUGUCAUUCGCCUGGAUCUACGCUGUCUGCUCACUCUAAAUGGCAACAAUUUGCUGGGCAACCUGAUCAGCAUACCUGGCGUGUCGGGCGGUGGCACCAGCGGUGGCAUUCUGGGCGGGCUGCUGGGCAACUAGAGCUGAAACCACA